AUGGUAGGGAUGCUUUCUUGGGAGCAAGUCCUCAAGAACAUGGCCUCUGAGACCUUCCCAGUCUCUAAAGAGACCACUGCUGCCUGUUACCUGAUUCUGCUUCUCUCUUUGUUCAUUUUGCAGGCUGAGGAAUCCUGUAAAUGUAAUGGCUGGAAAAACCCCAACCCGUCUCCCACGCCCCCCAGAGCUGAUCUGCAGCAGAUAAUCGUCAGUCUGACGGAAUCCUGCCGGAGCUGUAGCCAUGCCCUGGCGGCUCACGUUUCCCACCUGGAGAACGUGUCUGAGGAAGAAAUGAACAGACUCCUGGGAAUAGUGUUGGACGUGGAAUAUCUCUUCACCUGCGUCCACAAGGAAGAAGAUGCGGAUACCAAACAGGUGUAUUUCUACCUAUUCAAGCUCUUGAGAAAGUCUAUUUUACAAAGAGGAAAACCUGUGGUUGAAGGCUCUUUGGAGAAGAAGCCCCCGUUUGAAAAACCUAGUAUUGAACAGGGUGUGAAUAACUUUGUACAGUACAAAUUCAGUCACCUGCCAUCCAAAGAGAGGCAAACGAUUGUGGAGCUAGCAAAAAUGUUCCUAAACCGUAUCAAUUAUUGGCAUCUGGAGGCACCGUCUCAGCGAAGACUGCGAUCUCCCAAUGAUGACAUUUCCGGAUACAAAGAGAACUACACCAGGUGGCUGUGUUACUGCAACGUGCCGCAGUUCUGUGACAGUCUGCCCCGGUACGAGACCGCCCAGGUGUUCGGGAGAACCCUGCUCCGCUCUGUCUUCACCGUCAUGAGGCGGCAGCUCCUGGAACAGGCGAGACAGGAAAAAGACAAACUGCCGCUGGAGAAACGGACCCUAAUCCUCACCCAUUUCCCGAAGUUUCUGUCCAUGUUAGAAGAAGAAGUUUAUAAUCAAAACUCUCCCAUCUGGGAUCAGGAUUUUCUGUCCGCUUCUUCCCGAACCAGCCAGCUAGGAAUCCAAACAGUUAUCAAUCCACCUCCUGUGGCCGGGACAAUUUCCUACAAUUCCAAUGCAUCUUCUCUGGAGCAGCCGAAUGGGGGUGGUCCCAGUCCUUCCUGUAAAGGUGCUUCUGGGCUUGAGGCAAACCCAGGAGAAAAGAGGAAAAUGAAUGACUCUCACGCUGUGGAGGAGGCCAAGAAACCCCGGGUGAUGGGUGAUAUUCCCCUGGAAUUGAUCCACGAGGUCAUGUCCACCAUCACGGACCCCGCAGCGAUGCUCGGGCCAGAGACCAACUUUCUGUCAGCACACUCAGCGCGGGACGAGGCGGCCAGGCUGGAGGAGCGCAGGGGUGUGAUUGAAUUUCACGUGGUGGGCAACUCCCUGAACCAGAAGCCCAACAAGAAGAUUCUGAUGUGGCUGGUGGGGUUGCAGAACGUCUUCUCGCAUCAGCUGCCCCGGAUGCCAAAGGAGUACAUCACACGGCUUGUCUUUGACCCGAAACACAAAACCCUAGCUUUAAUUAAAGAUGGCCGUGUCAUCGGUGGCAUCUGUUUCCGGAUGUUCCCAUCCCAAGGGUUCACAGAGAUCGUUUUCUGCGCUGUAACCUCAAAUGAGCAAGUCAAGGGCUACGGAACGCACCUGAUGAACCAUUUGAAAGAAUAUCACAUAAAACAUGACAUCUUGAACUUCCUCACCUAUGCAGAUGAAUAUGCGAUUGGAUAUUUCAAGAAGCAGGGUUUCUCCAAAGAAAUUAAAAUCCCUAAAACCAAAUAUGUUGGCUAUAUCAAGGAUUAUGAAGGAGCCACUUUAAUGGGAUGUGAGCUAAAUCCACGGAUCCCAUACACGGAAUUUUCUGUCAUCAUUAAGAAGCAGAAGGAGAUCAUCAAGAAGCUGAUAGAAAGAAAACAAGCCCAGAUUCGGAAGGUCUACCCUGGGCUUUCCUGCUUUAAAGACGGAGUUCGGCAGAUUCCAAUAGAAAGCAUCCCGGGAAUUCGAGAGACAGGCUGGAAACCGAGUGGAAAAGAGAAAAGUAAAGAGCCCAGAGACCCUGACCAGCUCUACAGCACCCUGAAGAGCAUCCUCCAGCAGGUGAAGAGCCAUCAGAGCGCUUGGCCCUUCAUGGAACCUGUGAAGAGAACAGAAGCUCCGGGAUACUAUGAAGUUAUAAGGUUCCCCAUGGAUCUGAAAACCAUGAGCGAACGCCUCAAGAACAGGUACUACGUGUCUAAGAAGUUAUUCAUGGCAGACUUACAGCGAGUCUUCACCAACUGCAAAGAGUACAACCCCCCUGAGAGUGAAUACUACAAAUGUGCCAACAUCCUGGAGAAAUUCUUCUUCAGUAAGAUUAAGGAAGCUGGAUUAAUUGACAAGUGAUAUUUUUCCCCCUCUGCUUCUUAGAAACUCAUCAAGCAGUGUGCCUAAAGCAUGGUUUAGUUUUACAAAGAAUUGGACGUAAUGUGUUGAAGAUACUUGUAAAUGUAAUAAUUAGCACUUUUCAAAUGACAAACAAAAAAGCCUCCUCUUAGCCUUUCAGAUAUGUAUUUAAAUUGGAGUCAUAGAACAUUUUUAUUUUAUGGAAUAGAUUUUAAUCUAUUUACUACUAUUAAUGUAAAUUGUCUAUGGCAUGUCCAUUAGCUGAAAUAUUCCAUCAUAGAUGAUCAGGGGUUUCCUCAAAACUUGUAUAUGAGGAAAUUGCACAUAGUACCGCGAGAUUUGGGGGAAUGCAGAAAAUUUUCAGACCGUGAAUGUUUCCAUUUUUCUCUAACAAAAUGUGAGAGUUUAUUUUUAUUUUAUUCUGAAGGACUUUAAGGAAGGGAUACAUGAUAAAAAGCCCGCAGAAAGUGAAGUAUGUGAUGUUCGAAGUCUCAUGGUAGACUUUUUAUAUAUAUUUUUAAACACUCAUCUAGAUGAGGUGCUUUGAGCAGUUCUGAAAAAUACAGUUCCAGAAAAGCAACUGCUUUGAUUCCUAAGGAAAAAAUUCUAAAUGCAAACUUUUUUAUAAGCAUCUGGGUUUUUGAUAAUUCUAUCUACCUGCAACAAGCUUGUGAGUGCAUAACCACUAUUUUAAUAAUUAUUUCCUCUACACAAAUGUGGAAUAUUAUAUUUGACUUUGCUUAUGCAGGCCAUAAGUUCCCAAAGGCAAUUUCCCGGGCCACAAAAGCAUACAUUUGAAAACACUUGAGACUGAAUCAACAUGCUUUAACAGGAAAAAAUGUAUCAUCUAUAUAUAUGUAUCAAAUUUAGUGAAUCCUUGUUCUAAUAAGGAUUUUCCCUUUUCUGUGCUAUACAACCCCACUGAUGACGUAUUUAUGAACCUUUUCCUUCUGCACCUCCAGAUUACGUUCAUUGUCUGAGGUCAAUCAGAUUACCACCCAUAUUUGCUGUCAGUAUUUUAACACCUCCAUUGGUAUCUAGACCCAGGGUGAUAUCCCACAAAAAUCCAUCAUACAGCCUUAUUAACCUGACUUGGGGUUCCAGCUUAGUGCUUGGAUUUAUUUCCUGAUUAACACUACAUUGAAAAGUGGGACGUCUGUCAUCCCAGCUCUGGAAGAGAACCAACUCGUAUAAAACAAACGAAGGCCAUCUUGAUGGUCUCGACACUAAUUUUUAUGAUACAAAUUUAUAAACUGAUUUUUGUAAAGGACUAGGUUUUAAAAGUGUAUUUAACUUGAUGUUUUCUAUCAGCAUAAAUGACUUAAAAUGAUCAUUUAAUAGUCAUUAAACACAGUUGCCAGAGAUAAUCUGCGUGAAGGAAGGAAAAAAACCCUGCAGAUGACUGAAGCUGGAAGUAUUGUUUCUCGUACGUAGGGGAUGUUCAGAAUGCUCACACUGAGAAAUGCCUCAACUUUUUUAAGUAUAAGAAACCACCUUGAGUGGCAUCUAGAUUUCUAAUGAAGAAUGGUGAUACAGUUUGGAUUAAGUAUCUUGGACUGGGUUUAAACAGUGCUUUGUACUGGGUCUCCCGAAGCAUCUGUCCAGCUUGGUAAUCCUGUGAAAGUUUGUUAUUUUCUGGGUAGACAUUCUUAUAGAGUAUUGUCUUUAAAAUCAGAUUGUCUCUUCUAUAUUGAAAGCAUUUUUAUGUUUUCUAAUUUAAAAAUUAAUAUUUUCUUAUAGAUAUUGUGCAAUAAAGCUGAAGUAGGCUGUGUGGUUUUUGCAAAUGCUUUAACAGCAGAUAAAAUUUUACAUUUGUAAAAUUAAUAUAUUGUACUGGUACAAAAUAGUUUUAAAUUAUAUUUUAAAAAGCUCUCAA